AUGUAUGAUUUAUAUAAAAAGGUUUUUAAUAACAAAUUUUUAUCAAAUAUAAUAUUUCAAUUUGUUCAAAUAAAUAAAAAAAGAAAUUCUCAAUAUAAACUUUUGGAGGAUAUCGACUUGUAUUAUAUUUUUUCUAAUAAAAAAUUAUUUCAAUUGAAAUAUGAAAGCUAUAAAUAUUAUAGAAAUUAUGUUGGUGAUAGAGAAAAGAGUGAUUUGGUUUUUAUAGAUAUAUUAAAUGGAAAGAAUUUAAGAUAUUUUUUUGAAUCAACUUUUAUACCAUUAGAAAUUUUUAUUGAAAUAUACCAAAACUACAAAGAAUUAUUAAGAAAUGUAUCAAAAAGCUUUGAAUAUAUUUUAGAUUAUUUGGUUUUAUGUAAAGAGAAAUCACGUGUUGAAUAUUUUAUUAAUAAUGAAGAUUUCAGAUUUGAUAUUGAAUGCUAUUCAGAUCUAAUAGAGCUAUUGGUGAUACUAAAACCAAGCAACGAUAUCGAUCAUUAUAAACCUUUACUUGAUUUUUAUAUUAGUAAUAAUAUCCCAUUGAAAACAAGUUCUAAUAUAGUAAUCAAAAGUGUAUCAAAUACGGAAUCUCUAAAAUAUUUGUUAAAAAUGCAAAAUAAAUUUACCCCAUCUCUAAACUUCAAUUGGGUAGGUUUAAAAAGCAAUGCUCUUGUUGAAAAAGAUUUUACUUUAUUUCAAUUCAUUGACAAAGAGUUUUAUAGUGAAGUUAAAAAUAUGUCAAAAAACACAUCUUUUGAAAUAUUUAAAUAUAUUUUUGACAAAGAUGAUGGUUUCAAAUUCGACGAUAUUGCAUUUCAUAUUGCAUAUAAUGGAGAGUUAGAAUAUGCUCAGUUUAUUGUAGAGAAAUUUAAAAAUAAAGAUCCUCGGGUUCAGCUCAGCUAUAGAUCAUUAAAUUGGGUUACCGAAAAAGGGUAUACACACAUUGCCGAAUAUUUAUUUAAAGAGAUUGGUUACUUGGGGGUAUCAAGAGAUGUAAUCAAUAAUUCAAUUAAAACUGGUGAUUUUAAAUUAAUAAAUUUAUUCAAAAAUGUACCAUCUACAAAUAAUAAUUCUGGAAAUUUUUCUAUAUAUGAAACAACACUAAAUUUCAUUAAAUAUAAUAAUCGUAAAGAUAUUUUAAAUAUUUUAUUAAAUGACUGUAUUUAUAGUUCUUAUUUUUUAGGCUUAAAAGAUCAAAUGAUGAUGAUGGAAUAA